UCAAAUUCACGACCAAAUGAAGAUAAGAUUGGACAUGACAAAAACAUCAAAAAAAUAAUAUUUAAAAAACCAUAAAAUGACUGUAAAUGUUUGUUAAUAUUUUUACACCAUACCUAGCCAAGAUUUUCCAACUUUCCACAACGUAUAGAAAAUAAUCUCUGAUACUUACCAAAUAGUUUUUCUCAAUAAAUAUGGGAGACAAAAAACCAGCCCGACAGCCUAUACCAGGAUGGCUGAAUUUUGUAUUCGGGGGAUUGAGUGGCAUGAUGGGCAUAACCGUGGUCCAACCAGCGGACUUGGUAAAGACGCGGAUGCAACUGAUGGGCCCGAAAGGAGACAAAUCCGUGAUGACCACUGUGUCAGGCAUCCUCAAGAACGAAGGCGUCUCCGGCUUCUACAAGGGCCUCUCCGCAGCUCUCUUCCGGCAAGCUACGUACACCACUGCUCGGCUGGGUUGCUUUAACAGCUUGAAUGAUUACUACGCGAGUGCGUACGGUAUACCGAGUUUCCCCAUGAAGCUGGUAAUUGGGAUGGUGGCGGGAGGGCUCGGCGCGUUCGUCGGCAACCCGGCCGAGGUCGCCCUCAUCCGGAUGACGGCCGAUGGAAGAUUACCGCCCGAGAAGCGACGGAAUUAUAAGAACGUCUUCAAUGCUCUGUCGAGGAUCACGUCGGAAGAAGGCGCAUCAACGUUGUUCCGCGGAGCGAGCGCAACAGUUUUCAGAGCCAUGAUAGUGAAUGGGGCACAGCUGGGCAGUUACGCACAGGCUCGACAACAGCUGGUGCCAGUUUUAGGCGAAGGGAUCUUCCUGCAUUUGAUCGCAUCCUUGAUAUCUGGCUUGACUACCACGUUUGCGUCACUGCCCGUCGACAUUAUUAAGACUAGAGUUCAAAAUUCAGAAAAAGGCAUCGGUCAGUUCCAAGUGCUAAGCACUAUAAUCAAGGAGGAGGGUGUGUUCGCACUGUGGAGAGGCUUCAUCCCGACUUACGCUAAGCUCGGCCCCCUGACUGUGCUCAUAUUCAUAUUUUUGGAACAAUGGAACGCUUUGUACUAUAGGCUCACGGAAUAGGCAAAAACAUAUCCAAUAUACUUUAGUGGAACGAAGGGAGUGCAAGGUUUCUAUCGCUGUGACGGUUGAUCAGUCGGCCCUUAUUUCUUACAUCGCGGUAAUUUCCCCCCACCAUGCCAUUUUUUCUUUAAGAUGUUGCAACUUGCAACUCACUACACUUUCUAUUUUUUAAGCAAAAUGAGAUUAGACGGGAUUCUGUAGCGUGGUUUUCUAGUUUGUUUGUAAACACGAAAUUUGAAAGCUAUAAGGUAUAAAGAAUAUGACGAUGUAUACCUACUACUUAGUAGAAUAGCUACAAGUUACCUGAAAUUGUGUUUUUUUUUUUGCGUACAUAAUAAAAUAUUUCCGCAAGGAAUAUAAAAAGACACACUCGCAAUUAAAUAAACGCGCGAUACAAAACACAAAUAUAAAAUUGUUUAGAACUGUUAGGUAUAGUAACGUGCGGAAUUUAUCCGAAAUGUGAGCGUGUCUUGAUUGAAUAAUAUAAACAAGGCGAAAAUAUUAAGAAUGCAUGCAUACCUAAUUAAAUAUUUAUUGUAUGUACUUAAAUGCCUUGUCUAAAUAAUCAAGAUUGUCUCCGUUGACUAAGUAUAAGUAGGUACCUAUGCCUAUCAGUUUCAAAAGCUAUAAUUACUGUUAUUUCUAUUUAUUUUUUGUACAUAUAUGCUGAAAAUUGAUUUGACGACUGAUUACGAAUAAAUAUUUAUUGAU